CUUUUUACUUAAAUUAUGUCCUUUAAAAUGUUAACUUCUACCCAGAGAACUCUUGAUGAUGCAGAAGAGUUAGUUGAAUACUAUUACCGGAGGAUAAAAGUUUUUAUUCCCACCAUUGCGAAGAUUUGUUUGCUCUCAACUUUUAUUGAAGAUAGCUUAAGGAUGUAUAUAUACUUCUCAGCGCAGUAUUACUUUUUCGCAAGACGCUUCUAUGGAUGGUUUAGUACCUUUUACAUCGUUUUCAACCUCAUUGUCCAGAUGGGAGCAGUUUUAUUGAUCUUAAUAAAAAAAAAACGUUUAUUCGCUAUUUCUUCUUUGUUUGUUGUAAUCUUUUUACAGUGUAUUAUGUACAGCCCUUUGUAUAGCUGGAGGUUUUUUGGGAAAAGCGCUGCGCUAUGUGGUUGUCUGAUUCUUCUUUUAGUAGACGCUCGUGUAACUACAAGUAAUAAAGACGAAUUCGCCGGUCUUCCUGACAUGGGAUUCGAUAAGCCUAAAAGCCUUAUGCUUCUCGUUGGGAGGAUUAUGACUAUUUUUAUAUUUUUUACAUUAUUGCAUUCUAAUAUGAGUUACUUUAAAUGGUUCCUCACUACUAUUAACUUUGCGUUAAUACUCUCUGUAGCCGCUGGUAUCUCUGCAAAACUUUCGGCUUUUAUUUUGGUUUUGAUUUUAUCGAUUGAAAAUGUAAGCAUGAAUAAUUUCUGGUCUGUUCCUGAGUGGAUGUCUGAUUAUGUGCGUUACGAUUUCUUCCUUACAUUAUCGGUUAUUGGUGGGCUGCUUUUCAUAGUGAGUCACGGCGCAGGAGCGAAUAGAAUUACUUAGUGGGUUUUACUGCAAAUGGGGAACUUGGGAAAUGUUUUGUUCAUUUACUCACUUUGUUUUACUUUUGUAGUCCGUAUCCAAUUGAUAA